AUGUCUUCUUCGUCCUGGCAAGACCGUCGCUUCAUGUUUCCAUCUGGGAAAGAAGUGCACCAAGGAAGCCCUGGCUACACGCCAGCAGAAAAGGAGAAGCCUCCUACCAUCAUCCCCACUAGCACUAGCCCUCCUGCUUCGACUGAAAAGGUUAUCCCGUCAUGGGAAGGUGAUAGACGGUUCAUGUUCCCCUCCGGAAAACAACUGCAUGAACCUGCCCGACGGCUGUCGGCUUCCAGUGGCACCAGUGGCAAAGCUGCUGAAUCUACUACCAAAGCAGCUCCUGCUUCAGCGACAGCUGCCUCGCCACAAACAGCCAUUGCCAACGCAAUUGCUGGAAGAAGACGGUCAUCUGCAUCCUCUCAGGGCGGAAUGUUCAGCGGACUCAUGGCACGACGCGGAAGCGACGAACACAAUGAUCGCAGGCAAAGCUGGGAGGACAUGAAGUCCCCCGGCGGCGUUGGUGGGUUAUUCAGUGGACUCCUGAACAAACCUUCCGAAAAGAAGUGA